GAUGCUACGUCAAGAAACUUUCUUUUCUUUAUUGAUUAAAAAUUAAAUAAAAUGCAUAUCAUGAAAGAAGUAUUUAUUUAUUAAAUAUGUUUUUUAAUAUUAGCCUUAAAAUUAAGUGCACCAAAAGGAACUAGUUCGGUGAACGAUAAUUUGUUAGUAUUUUCUGUACACCAGUCAAGUGCGGUCACUCUGCGAAAUUGCAAGGAAAUUUUCUCCAAUAAAACGCAAGAAAACUGAGGAAAAUUGAAAUUAAAGAAAAAUUAAUGGCACACAAGCGCCUGUUCGUCUACGCGGUGCUUCUGGCGAUAUGUUAUUUGGUUGGCGUGACAUGGGCUGAGACUGCGGCGCAGACAUUGCCAGCGAUCGGCACCAACAGCAACAACAACAGCAAUGCUCAACCUGCUCCAGUGGCUGCCCCUGCAGCUCCAGCGGCUGCAGCUCCACCAGCCAAGCAAGUUCCAGCUCCCAAUGCGGCCCCUCCGGCAAAGGUCAUCGGCCAGCCUGUGUCCGCUGCGCCAGGCAAAAGUUCUUCCAAUUCCAGCAGCACAACCGAGUGCGUCUGUGCCGGUGCCCUGCUGCCCCGCUUGGAUGCCAAUGGCAAGGAGCUGCCCAUCUGCGCCGAGUGCAAGUGCUCCCAUGUGGCGAGAAAUACGACGCUGAUAAAGGUCGUGGUCAUUAUUGUGAUUUGGAUCAUCUCCAUUUUAGUGAUAUACAUGCUCUUCCUGAUGUGCCUGGACCCGUUGCUGAACAAGCGAGUGAAGGCGAACUACCAGGAGCACACCAACGAAGAUGACGAACCAACGCCGCCCCUGCCAGCCGUCAACAACCAGGAGCUCAGUGCCAGAGCCAAUGUCCUCAAUCGUGUGGGCCACCAGCAGGACAAGUGGAAGCGGCAGGUGCGCGAGCAGCGACGCCACAUCUACGACAGGCACACCAUGCUAAACUAACAAGGGGGUUUGCAGCUGGCGGAGAGUAGAAGGAGCAUGGGCGACUUAAGACACGUAUUCCAAGCAGUUAUCCUUUGCGAAAUUCCCCUUUGGAUCAAAUUGAUUAUCUAUAUAUUUAGCCAGAUUUUAUGUUAAUUAAAUUAUGUAACCAAAAUA